ACCAUUCACACUCACAUUCAACCCUUUUCCAGUGUAAUUUAAUAUGAAUAAUGUCGCCUACAGACAGCGACUCCCGAGAUUGUUACCCCGGCGAAUGGGGCUGCCCGGGUUCACCGGCUUGUAUACCAGUGGGAAAGGUUUGCGAUGGGAAAGCGGACUGUCCUGAUGGGACUGACGAGACCAACUCCACCGCUCAGCAGACGUGCAGUCUUGAACGCUGCUCAACGUUGAGCUGCGAGUAUCUAUGCCACGUGUCCCCACAAGGGGGCACCUGCUACUGCCCUGAUGGUUUCAUUGUAGGAAAUGACAGUCGCUCCUGUGUGGACUACAACGACUGUGAAAUCUGGGGCAUAUGUGACCAGCUUUGUGAAGACCGGCCGGGGACGCAUCAUUGCAGCUGUGCCGACGGCUACUUCCUGGAGCAGGGUCACAUCUGCAAGGCUAACGUGUCAGGUGGAAUGCCACAGCUCAUUUACACAGACGGAGGAGAAGUAAUGAUGGCUGACAUCCAUGGCCGCUACGUUCGAACUCUGGUGCCCGCUCAGGGCAAAGGUUCCGCUGUUGGCGUGGCGUACCACCGGCACAGUGAGACCGUGUUCUGGAGUGACACAUACACUAAAAAGGUGUAUUCCGCUAACUAUAAUGGAGGGAAUAUUCGUGAGGUUCUGACCACUGCAGUCCAGAAUGUCCAGAACCUGGCGGUGGACUGGGUCAACUUUAAAUUGUACGUGUUGGAAGCCAUGGUGGAGCGCAUUGACGUGUGCGACUUUGAAGGAGGGAAUCGAGUCACCCUGGUUGCUGAGAACCUGCAGAGUCCUCAUGGUCUGGUCCUGGACCCAACAGUAGGGUACAUGUUCUUCACUGACAAGGGUAUCGGCAAUGAGAACAUGAAGCUUGAACGGGCGUUCAUGGACGGCAGCAACCGUGUGGAGCUGGUGAAGAUCCGGUUGGGUACCCCAACUGGUAUUAGCGUAGAUAUCGUCACAAAGAGGGUGUACUGGUCUGACAGCCAUUUUGACACAGUGGAAACGGUCACUUAUCACGGUUUGGACAGGAAAGUCGUCCUCAAUGGCGGAACCCAGUCGCCGCAUCCUUUCGGAAUUGCUGUAUUCGAGAACCACGUGUUCUUCACAGAUUGGACCAAAAUGGGGUUGGUGAGAGCCAACCGCUUCAACGGUGGCGACCCGACACUCCUCUACCGUACCGCUAAGCGACCGGGCCAUGUUGUUGUCUCACAUUCCAUCCUGCAGCCGAUUGUGAUGAACCCCUGCGGAAGACAUAAUGGCGGCUGUCAGCAUAUUUGUGUCCUGAGCCACCGUACGGACAAUGACGGUUUGGGAUACCGCUGCAAGUGUCGGCAUGGUUACGACUUGGAGUCAGACCUUCACACUUGUUUCAAGGUCAAGCACUACUUGUUGGUGGCCACCUCUCUGGCCCUGCGAGGGAUCCCGCUAUCCGUGUCCCUCCAGGAAGACGUCACUCUGCCCCUCGCAGGGCUCGCCUCGUCUUUUUCUGGCUCUGCUGUUGAGUUUGAUGGCCAGGAGGAGGCGCUAUUCUACAACGACAGGUCUAAAGGUCUUGUCUAUAAGUCCAACCUCAAUGGCACAGUUCAACAGAUUUUAACAGGCUACAGGGUUGGCUCAAUUGAUGCUAUGGCCUAUGACUGGACUUCCAAAGUCUUGUUCUGGACCUCUAACACCUAUAAGACAGUGGUGGCGUUCAGAACCACAGACAAGUCCAUGAAAGACAUCGUGACCGGAUUAAGGACUCCAAAGGGACUUGCAGUGCAUCCCGGUGCUGGCUACUUGUUUUGGUCCGACGUGUAUCGCCCAGCGGUCAUCAUGAGGGGUUACACUGAUGGCAGCAAUGGAGUUCCAUUGGUCAACACAACACUUGGAUGGCCUUAUGGACUUGCUAUUGAUUAUUCACAGGAGCGUUUAUAUUGGGUCGACUACCUUUUGGACCGGAUUGGACACAUUGGCAUUCAAGGAAACGACAGAAAGACCUUCAGCAAUAUCGGACAGAUCACACAACCGUAUUCACUGACUGUUUAUUCAGACUACCUGUACGUCGCCGAUACACGAACCCGAGCAAUAUUUGAGCUGAGGAAGAGGGACGGAGGAGGGAACAUGAUGAUCAGACAAGGAAUCAACGGAAUUCUGAACGUCAAAGCCUACACCGCCGACCUCUAUAGUAACAUCAAUAGUCGCUGCAAUGCCGUGGCAAAUGGCCGCUGCAGUCACUUCUGCUUCCCGACUCCGUCCUACAGCCGCGUGUGUGGCUGUCCAUACGGCAUGAAGCUGCAGAUCAACCAAAUGGACUGUGUCAAGGACGACAGCGUUCCGCCUCCGGAUAACAACUGUGGCGACUACGCCUCCGAGUGUGACGAGGGGCGGUGCAUAUCCAACUCGUACUUCUGCGAUGGUUAUCCGGAUUGCGUGGAUAAGUCUGAUGAGGCCAACUGCACCGACACAGGAGCAACCUGCUCCCCGAGAGCCUUCACCUGCAACAACAAGCAUUGCAUCCUGUCCGGGUGGCGCUGCGACGGCACCGACGACUGUGGCGACGGCUCGGAUGAAAUCAACUGUCCCACUGGGGUGCCCACCACCUGUUCAACUGAUUCAUUCACCUGCGAUAACAACAGAUGCGUCUCCAAAGACUGGUUGUGCGACGGCGACAAUGAUUGCGGCGACGGCUCGGACGAGCACAACUGCAAUUCCACCGUCACCACCUGCCCACCUGCGUACUUCCUGUGUCCCGACCACCGUUGCAUAUUCAACUCCUACGUGUGCGACGGCGACCAAGACUGCUUGGAUGGCUCGGAUGAGAAAAACUGCGAGUUUUCCUGUGCAUCCUAUGAGUUUGCCUGUGCCAGUGGCGACCAGUGUAUUAGUGACAGUUAUCGAUGCGAUGGCGUCUUUGACUGCAGGGACCAUUCCGAUGAGCGAAACUGUCCCACUCGAGGCCCGGGCCUGUGCCACAAGGACGAGUUCCAGUGUCAAACCGAUGGCGUCUGCGUGCCGGAUAAGUGGGAAUGCGACGGCCAUCCCGACUGCGAGGACGGUUCAGACGAGCACAUCUCCUGCCCUCCUGUCACCUGCGGGUCCAGCUUCUUUCAAUGCCCCAAUAAGAUUUGUAUCCCGAAUUACUGGCUGUGCGACGGUGAGAACGACUGCCGAGACAUGAGCGACGAGCAGAAUUGUCCCACACCUCCGUUCCAAUGCCCUGGCGGCCAGUGGAUGUGUCCGACUGACCAAGUGUGCAUCAUGCAAGACAAAGUGUGCGACGGCCAGAAAGACUGUCCUAAUGGAGCUGACGAAUCACCGAUCUGCAACGAGGAUGAUUGCAUCCUAAACAACGGAGGAUGCAGCCACAUCUGCAUUCAAGGACCGUUCGGGGCGGAGUGCGGCUGUCUCCCGGGUUUCCAGCUGCUCAACGACUCCAAGACCUGCGAUGACAUCAACGAGUGUCUCAUCCCGGGUUUCUGCAGCCAGAAGUGCUACAAUGAAAGAGGAAGCUUCCGGUGUUACUGCUCCGAUGGUUACCUCCUGGAGCCGGAUGGCCGCACGUGCAAAGCUACAGACCCUCUAGCAGCCGUGCUUCUGGUGGCCAAGCGUAACCAGAUCAUCGCUUACAAGAUCAAUGCAAAGCCUCCACAGAUCAGUCCGGUGGUGUCUGGUUCAAAUAUUGUAUCCGUGGACUUUGACCGAGUGACCUCCAGGGUCUACUGGGCUGACGCCACCCUGAAGAAGAUUUGGAGUGCUUACCAGAAUGGAACUGACAAGAAGGAAAUUUUUUCUAGUGGUCUAAUGGUCCCAGAGAGCAUCGCUGUGGACUGGGUGGGCAGGAACCUGUAUUGGACCGACUCGGUCAUGGAGAACAUCGAAGUUUCCACUCUGGAUGGUCGCUUCCGUAAAGUGCUCCUCACCAAAAACGUCACAAGCCCACGUGGCCUGGUUUUGGACCCGCGUAACUAUACCAACUUUAUGUUCUGGACGGAUUGGGGUCAGAACCCCAGGAUCGAGCGAGCCGACAUGGAUGGAACCAUGAGAAAAGUCAUUGUCAGUACCAAGAUUUACUGGCCCAACGGCCUGGCGUUGGACUACACCACACGUAUGGUCUACUUUGCCGACGCCUACCUCAAAUACAUCGACUACUGUGACUACGACGGGAACAACCGCCAUCAAGUCAUGGCGAGCGACAUGGUCCUCCAGCACCCACAUGGUAUGACCAUCUUUGAGGACACCAUAUUCUGGUCAGAGCGCUACACCAGCAAAGUGAUGAGCACUAACAAGUUCCAUGGUGGCAACAUCACGAUACAGAUGAGCAGCGUGUACCAGCCAAUGGGCAUCGUUAUGGACCAUCCCAUUAAACAACCUGCAGGCAUCAAUCCUUGCAGAGAACAUCUAUGCAGCCAACUCUGCCUGCUGUCAGGCUUCAGGCCAAGGUACUACACCUGCCACUGUCAGUCCGGAUGGAAGCUGGAUACUGAUAAACGUACUUGUAUCAAAGAUGAAACUCCCUUCUUAAUGGUGGAGAGCCUUUCAGUUAUUUACGGCAUUCCUCUGGACCCCGCCGACCCCUCCAACAACGCAAUGGCGCCUGUAUCGGGCAUCAACCAGGGUCGGGAUAUAGAGUUUGAUGACCGGGAGCAGUUUGUCUACUGGGUUCAGUCUUUGGGUUCUAUAUGGCGAGUUCACACCAACGGCACCAAAAGGUCUCAGUUUGCACCAUCUGCUUUCAUGGGCGAGCCGUUUCGUCUGGCGUUUGAUUGGAUUAGCAGGAUAUUGUACUAUAGCAACAAUGAGGCUAAAUCCAUAGAGGUCAUCCGUGUUGAUGGAGGACAGUACUAUAGAAAGACCGUCAUUACCUCUACAGGGAAACCAGAGGGAGUAGGACAGCCGUUCGGAAUAGCCGUAGAUCCAGCAAGAGGGAAAUUGUUCUGGACGGAUGUGGGGUCAGAUAGUGGAGUUCCCCCGAAAGUGGCCAGUGCUGACAUGGAUGGGAGCAACCUCACGGUCCUCUAUACAGGCAACCUGGCUAAUGUAGGCUACCUCGCUGCGGAUAUUUCCACUAGGAAGCUCUACUGGGGGGUUGCAGGCUCAGGAGUGAUUGAGAGUGGUACCAUGGACGGAGCGAGCCGAGUGACAGUGGUCAGUGGCCUGUCUUACCCGGUGGGGUUGACCAUCUACCAGAACUACCUCUAUUACGCUGACAAGGACUAUCAGGUCAUUGAGAGGGUGGAUAAAGACACGGGCGCCAACCAAGUGGUGAUAAGAAGCGGAAUGCGUCAACUGCGUGCUAUAAAAGUACACGCCAGAGACAACUCUGCGGGGACCGCCAACGCCUGCAGCUCCAACAACGGGGGCUGCCCUCACCUCUGUCUGCCCAAACCCAACAACCAAAAAGUCUGCGCUUGCACCACGGGCUUUUACCCGUCUCACGAUGGCUCCGAAUGUGAAGAGUUUGACUCCUUCGCUGUGGUCUCCACACCCAAAUACAUCCGCGGCUUUCACAUAAACAGCUCGGAUCACUCCGAGGCCAUGGUGCCCAUCGGUGGAUCUUCUUCUUCCGUAAUGCAGAAUUUAGGUCUGCAUAUCGAAAGUGGAUUUAUUUAUUGGACCGAGAACAGCACCUCCUCCUCCUACAAGGGAAUCUCCAGGAGAAAAACAGAUGGAUCAUACUACCAAAAGGUCGUCUACUCCGGUGUUGGAAAAGGAGGCAUCCCUGGACUUGCAGUGGACUGGGUUUCUAACAACUUAUACUUCACCAACGCCUUCGAGAGCGAGACCUACCUGGAAGUGUUGGCAAUCAACACCACAUACCGACUAGUCCUCCUCAAGUCGUCCCACGACAGGCCCUCCGACCUCGCUGUCAACCCCAAACUGCGCUACCUUUUCUGGACAGAUGCCGGCCAAAUGCCUAAGAUAGAACGAGCUCUUCUGGAUGGCACCAACCGCACGGUGCUGGCAUCCGAGAGCCUGGCGUCUCCUCGUGGCCUCACCGUUGAUCACACUAACGACUUCCUGUACUGGACCGAUGACAUUCUGGAUAUGAUCUCGUGUAUGGCUCCGGACGGCUCACAACGGCACAUAGUCCGAUACGGGAAUCGUAUUCCGAUGCCUGUGGGGGUGGCUAUACUUGGAAACUACAUGCUGUGGGUGGAUAAAAGGCUAGCUAAGCUUUUGCAGGCUAGUAAAGAUCCAGCCAACACGAACCAGACGGAGGUCAUUCGAGACAAACUCGAAGGUGUGUCGGAUGUGGCCGUUUUUGACCCCCAUGUCCAACCAACAUCGGCUCACCAGGUUGGCUUCAACCCAUGUCAGGAGGACAAUGGCCGUUGCCAGCAAAUCUGCUUUGCCAUACCAGACCAGGACCACCCUAAAUGCGCCUGCGCUCACGGGUCCCUCCUGAGUAACGGAGUAACCUGCGGCUACGGACAAGAUGAUUUUCUCAUUUUUACCACAGACUACACAUUGAAUAGCGUAAGACUGGACCCCGCGGAUCACAGCAGUCCUUUCCCAAAUGUGAACCUGGGCUACAACUUGAUGGCGUUGGAUUUUGACUACAAGGAGAGGCGUGUUUUCUUCACCCAGUACAUGGGCUUAGGCAGGAGCAAGAUUGGAUACAUCACUACCACAUCCAUCAGUAACUCGCCAACCAUUAUCGCUUCCAAUUUGGAUGACCCCGAGGGUUUGGCGUAUGACUGGAUCCAUAAACGCCUCUACUACACCGACUACUAUCGCAGGAAUAUCCAAUCAUUAGGAGUGGACGGGAUGAACCGUACCAUUAUUGCUCAUGCAAACCGACCCCGAGGCAUCAUAGUGGACCCUUGUUAUGGUUAUCUGUACUGGACCGACUGGGGAAGCCCUGCUAAAAUCGAAAGAGCCACACUGGGUGGAAACUUCCGGAUUCCCAUCAUUAACACCAGUUUAUCCACACCCAAUGGUCUCUCCAUUGACUUCGAGGAGAGGAUGUUGUACUGGGCUGAUGCCUCACAAGACAAAAUCGAACGCUCGACGCUGACAGGCGCAAACAGGCAAGUGAUCGUGAUGGGUGUGCAGUACCCCUUUGCCAUGACAGUCUUCAAGCAGGACAUCUUCUGGACCGACUGGACGGAAAGGGGUGUCUUCCGGGCAGGGAAAGAUGAUGGCUCCGGUGUCACCGUGUUGGCCCAAGAUCUUCAGUACCGACCUAACGAUAUUCACGUCUUCGCCGCAUCCAAGCAGGAGAGUUGCUCCAGUUUCUGCAUGCAGUUCAACGGCGGAUGUAGCCAUGUUUGUAUAUCCGGCCCAGUCGGACCAGAGUGUCAGUGCCCCCAUGAGGGCAAGUGGUACUUGGCCAAUAAUGGCAAAGACUGCAUCCAAGACAACGGCAAGCGCUGCCAGCCCGACCAGUUCACAUGUCUCAGCGGCAAGUGCAUCAAAGCUAGCUGGAAGUGUGACGGCUACGACGACUGCAAGGACAACACGGAUGAGCUGGAGCGAGUGUGCGGAGGGGGCUUGCGUACUCUCUUACGGUUCAAAAUCCACGCAAACCGAAAAUACAACUUCUACUACUACUCGAUCGCAGCUUUCCAUACCUGUUCGAGUUCGCAAUUCACCUGCGACAACGGUCGCUGCGUGCCGCUCAGCUACGCCUGCGACUACAUGGACGACUGCGGCGACAACAGCGACGAGGACGGGUGCCCGUUCCCGACUUGUAACCCCGACACCGAGUUCACCUGCGGGAAUGGACGAUGCAUCAGUGCCUCUUUUGUCUGCGACGGCUACAACGACUGUCGUGACAACGCCACCUCAGAUGAAAUUAACUGCCCUGACAGGAAGUGUCCGUCAGACAUGAUCAAAUGUGACACCACCAAUAUCUGCAUCUAUCCCAACAAACUGUGCGACGGGUACAACAACUGCGGCGACAACAGCGACGAAAACCCUCUUUUCUGUGAGAGUCGUACGUGCCCUUCUGACGAGUUCCAGUGCGAUGUCGGCAAAUGCAUCCCCACCUCUUGGGUGUGUGACUACUACGACGACUGCACUGACGGUACUGAUGAACCCCCCACAUGCGAACAUAUUGUGAGAACUUGCAGCGCCAGCCAGUUCACGUGUACCAACGGAAACUGCAUCCCUCAGUCCAUGGUCUGUGACGGCAACAACGACUGCUGGGACAGUAGUGACGAGGCUCCGGAGCUGGAUUGUGGUCAGCGUACAUGCAGUUCGAACCAGUUUACCUGCCCUACCUGGUACCCGGGUCAUCCGCGAUGCGUGACCUUAAACUUAGUAUGUGACGGGGAGAAAGACUGCGCUGAUGCAGCCGAUGAGCUCCAAAACUGCCCCAAUCGGACCUGCCACAUGAACGAGUUUGCCUGUGCAAACGGCCUUUGCAUCUACCUCCCGUUCCAUUGCGACCGUGUGAAUGACUGCGGGGACGGAAGCGACGAGCUGGGUUGUACUUACGACACGUGCAGCAGCAUCGAGUUCACCUGCGGCAACGGGGCUUGCAUCUUCUCGGCUUACACCUGCGACGGCACCAACGACUGCCUGGACGGUUCGGAUGAAGCGGACAGCUUGUGCGUCACGCCGCAGCCCACGUGUGCACCGCAUCAGUAUUUGUGCAAGUCGGGCGAGUGCAUCGACGGGAAGAACGUGUGCAACGGCGUGAAGGACUGCCAGGACAACAGCGACGAAAAAGGCUGCUGGAUCAACGAGUGCAGCAACCCAUCAGUCCACCAGUGUGCCCAACUGUGCACGGACACCCCCACCGGCUAUUUCUGCUCCUGCAACCCCGGCUACCAACUCAUGCCUGACGGCAAAGCCUGUGAGGACCUCAACGAGUGCCUCACCACGCCGUCCGUCUGCAGCCAGAUCUGCGAGAACACCGCCGGAUCCUAUUACUGCAAAUGCGCCCCGGGAUACCUGCGGGAACCUGAUGGGCGUACCUGUCGGCAGAACAGCGGAAUCAAACCGUUCUUGUUGUACACCAAUCGCUACUACAUCCGUAACUUGACCACGGAUGGAUCUCAGCUCAGCAUAGUACUGCAAGGGCUCUCCAAUGUAGUGGCUCUGGAUUAUGAUUAUUCCGAGAAGAUGCUUUAUUGGUUCGAUGCCGGCGUGGGAAAGAUUGAAAGGAUGCGUUUUGAUGGGAGCGACAGGAAGGUACUUGUGGAUAACGGAAUCCUCGGAGCAGAAGGUCUGGCGCUUGAUUGGGUCGGAAGGAAGUUGUACUGGGUGGACAGUUACUACGGCGCCGUCCAUGUGAUGGAGUUGGAUGGGCGUUACAUGAAGAAGCUGAUCACCGGCCACUUCACAAACGGAAACGACACUUAUACCAUUACCCGACCUCGUGCCGUGGCGGUGAACCCCAAAUAUGGAUGGCUGUACUGGACCGACUGGGCCGACACUCCGUAUAUCGGCAGGGCAGGCAUGGAUGGAAGAAAUGUCACCGCCAUUAUAACAGCCAAACUGGAGUGGCCCAAUGCUUUGACUAUAGACUACACCACCAAUAAGAUCUUCUUUGCUGAUUCCCACCUUAACUUCUUAGACUUUGCAGACAUGGAUGGCAAGAAUCGACACCGAGCUAUUGCUGGUUCAUUGCCGCAUGUUUUUGCAAUGUCGCUCUUUGAGGACGUGGUGUACUGGACAGAUUGGAACACGCACAACCUGGAAAAGGCUCAUAAAUACACCGGUGAAGGUCGCGUGGUCAUGGGCAACAACACACACCGACCUUAUGACCUUCAUGUGGUCCAUCCGUACAGGCAACCAAAAAGUGAGAACCCCUGCUCGUCCCACACCCUGACCUGUAGUCAUCUGUGUCUGAUUGGGCCGGGUGGUCAGAAAGCCACGUGUGAGUGUCCGGAUAACUUUAUCGGCAUAUCUGUGGGUUUCAAGAUCCAGUGUGUUGCCGACUGCUCCAGCACCCAGUUCCGUUGCGGGGACAAUGAGAGGUGUAUUCCUAUAUGGUGGAAGUGCGAUGGCCAAUCAGACUGUGGAGACGGCUCAGAUGAACCUCAGACCUGCCCUCCACGUUUUUGUCCCAUUGGCCGCUUCCAAUGUAAAGACGGAAACUGCACCUAUCCUGGCUUCAUCUGUGACGCCCAUCCAGAUUGUCCCGAUGGUUCCGAUGAGGACGCCGUUCUCUGCAGUGACCACCGAUGCGAAGUCAACCAGUUCCAAUGCAAGAACAAGAUGUGCAUCCCCAUGUCCUGGCACUGCGACGGCUCCAAAGACUGCUCUGACGGCAGCGACGAGGACGCCGAGACCUGCGCCAAGAGAACCUGCCGACCGGGCGACUUCCAAUGCGCCAAUGGCAACUGUCUGCCAUCCAGCUAUGUCUGCGACGCGCAGGACGACUGCGGCGACGGAUCGGACGAACCUUACGAAACCUGCAUGGGCCCGGACUACAAGUGCGAUGAAACCGAGUUCUCCUGCAAAACAAACUACCGCUGCAUUCCUCAAUGGGCAAGAUGCGACGGCACCAACGACUGCAUCGAUAACAGUGACGAGCAAGGCUGCGAGGAGGUGACCUGCGACCCACAGGGCGAUUUCCGUUGCGACAACCACCGCUGUGUCCCCAUCCGCUGGAAGUGCGACGGCACCAACGACUGCGGCGACGGCUCGGAUGAAAGAGACUGCCAGCCCAGGCCUUGCACAGAGAGCGAGUUCCGAUGCGACAACGCGCAGUGCAUCCCCGGGAAGUGGGUGUGCGACCAUGAUAAUGACUGCGGGGACAACUCGGAUGAGCGAGACUGUGAGUUGCAGACAUGUCGUCCAGGCUUGUUCCAAUGCGACUCGGGUCAUUGCAUCCCGUCUGUGCUGCAGUGCGACGGCCGUCCUGACUGUCAGGAUCUAUCAGACGAGACCAAAUGUCCCACUCGUUACCCGGGAGGUCGUUGGUGCCCACAGGGGCAAUUCGAGUGUGCCAACCAUCUGUGUCUGUCCCCGAGCUGGGUGUGUGACGGCAAUGACGACUGCGGCGACGGCUCUGAUGAACAGCUAGCUUUAUGCCUGAACAUCACCUGUGAGAUGCCAUCGAGAUUCCGCUGUGCCAACGGAUACUGUGUCUACUCCGGCUUGCUGUGCAACCAGAAUGAUGACUGUGGAGAUGGCAGUGACGAGAAGGAGGAGCUAUGCCGCCAGCCCACCCUGCCCCCCUGCACACUGGACCAGUUUAAAUGCACCAAUGGACACUGUGUGCCUCUGCCCUACGUAUGCGACCACAAUGACAACUGUGGGGAUCGCACCGACGAGUUGGGCUGCAAUUUCGGCCACGAUCGGAAUUGUGAGGAAAAGGUUUGCCAACAGAAUUGUAUCAAUCUGAACGGAACCGGUUUCAUCUGCUCCUGCCGGCCCGGAUACAUGGUGGACCCCGACAACACCUACAAUUGCCUAGACGUCAAUGAGUGCGAGGUGUUCGGCACCUGCCCUCAGCUCUGUAAGAACACCAAAGGCGGCUACGACUGCGAGUGCGCUCCCGGAUACCGUCGAGUCGGCAACGGCGAUAUGUGCGAAGCUGAAGGCGCCACUCCAUUGUUACUUCUACCCGAGAACAUUCGUAUCCGGAGGUUCAACCUUCAGACGCAAGCCUACCACGACUUCCUCCAGGAGGCCGAGCGCAUCGAGGCGAUGGACUACGACUGGGAUCACAACAACACCGGAUUCAGUAUGGUCUACUUCACCGUGUCCAGCAGGGGCUCCGCCCCAGGCGCCAUUAAGAGAGCUUAUAUACCUUCGCUGGACGACGGCAGCAACAACAUUGGAGCUGCUGUUGACCUCGGGAUUAAGUACAUCACCAGACCCAAUGGCAUUGCCGUGGACUGGGUGGGCAGGAACCUGUACUGGGCUGAUGGCAGGCUGAGGAGGUUAGAGGUGGCCAUGUUGGAUGGACGCUACAGGAAACACUUGGUUAAGACUGAUCUGGGCGAGCCGUCUGCUGUGGCAGUCAAUCCACGACUGGGGAUGUUGUACUGGUGUGACCGCGGCGAGGUAGCCAAGAUUGAAUCUUCUUGGCUGGACGGUCAAGAAAGGAAGGUUCUAGUGUCCAAAAACCUGGGUUGGCUCACCGGUCUCUCCAUUGACUUCACCAAUAACGACAGAAUCUACUGGUCAGACUCCAAGGAGAGCCGCAUCGAAUCAAUUCUACCCUCUGGAGCGGACCGCAGAACUGCAGUCUACAUCGAUGUGAGGAGGCCCUUCAGCGUGAAUGUGUUUGAGGAUCAUGUUUACUGGAGCACGCAGAACAAAGGCGAGGUGUUCCGUCAGGACAAGUUCGGCAAGGGUACCAAGACCAAGCUGCUGACAGUCGGGCCCUGGCUGACCCAGGUGUCUGUGUACCAGCAGCAGAGAUACAACUCCAUCAAUAUGAAGAACCCAUGUAAAGGAACGUGCAGCCACCUGUGUCUACUGCGCCCGGGGGGCUACUCCUGCGCCUGCCCUGAAGGCACCGAAUUCGUCCCUGGAAGUAAGACGCAAUGUGACGCAGGAUUUGACCCACCACCCACCAUGCCGCCACCGUGCCAGUGUCAAAAUGGCGGCACUUGCUACUUUGAUGACAACCAGGCCCUCUGCAAGUGUCCUCCAGACUGGAAGGGCGAGUACUGCCAGACGAGCGUAUACGACGUCGUGGCAUCAUCAAUCGGCAUUGCCAUCGGAGUGACGGUGAUCAUCCUGCUUCUACUGGUUGUACUGGUUUAUGCUGCCAGGAAGAAGUCCAACCUGCUGGCGAGGCUACACGUUAACCUGCACGUUAACCUGCCAUCCAUGCCCUCCAUGCCCUCCAUGCCAUCCAUGCCCUCCAUGCCAUCCAUGCCUUCUAUGCCAUCCAUGCCCAGCUUCUUGAGAAAAAGCCAAUCUCCAGACCUGUCAAGACUAGAAGACCCUGAACCAAGGUUGAAUGCGGUUCCGUGUAUGUCCUUGGUGGAGACGGAGCAGAAGAAUUUUGAGAAUCCAUCCUAUGAGGCUGAAAAACAAGCCGGUAGUCGAAGCGUGCCGACCACUGUUGCACCCGAUGGAAGCGCCAAGAAGAGUAUCAUGAAUCCACUGUACAUGGAGGAGGAGGAGGAGGAGCCCAAAAGAAUGAGUAAACCUGCCAUCAAGGAGGCGUUUGAGAACCCGGCGUACACCGAAAAUUCCGACAUCACUUCACUACCUUCUAGCACUCAGAACAUUGAACCCAUCGAGGAUGAGGGAUUUGUGUCUUUUAAAAACCCGGUGUACACGAAGCCCACUGAUAAUUCCGACAUCUAACAUGGAGUCAACACAUUUGUUUUCCACGUCUGCUUUAUUUAUAAAUAAGAACAAAUCAGCAAAAUAAGUGCCAGAUAAGUCAUGUGUAUGGUAUGAUUAUAAUGUAAUACAUAUUAUGAUUUUCUUGUGUAUAUUCUGAUUCCAUGUAAUUUCUACUCUUUUUUUUAAAAGCUAUAAAAGUCUGUGGUU